CCAAAGGAAACCUUAGUGGCUGAACUUGACGACAAGUUUUAUCGUUUAUUGAACGCCACAUUUCACCAUUUCCGGCUGGAAUUCCUCGGCGCUAUUGACGUCUCCGCUAACCCAUCGGAUUUCCCUGUCUUAACCAGCAGGAUAUCGUCGUGAGCCGGUCGAUCGUCGUUGCCAUGGCGGAUAUGUUUCUUGAUCCAAUCAUGGAGAAGCUCAUCAGCGCUGGCUUCCGUUACCUGAAAGAUCAAGUCAGAUGGCAGGCAGGCAUGAAAGAGGAGCUGGUAAAGCUGCAAGAGAAUCUCCCCCAGAUCCAAGCUGUCGUCCACUUUGCUUCCAGCCAAGAGCAGAUCACAGACCAAAAUCCGUCUCUUAACAAAUGGCUAUGGCAGCUACGAGAUGCCAUUGAUGAUGCAGAUGACGUGGUUGAUGAGCUGGAGUACAUGGAACUUGAAAGACAGGUGACCAAAAACAAGAAGCUGAGAAGGGCGCGUUCCAUCGUGAAAUACAUGAAGAAAAGACUUGACAAAAUUGUCAAACGUGCUCUCAAAAUCGAUCCCACCUUGAAGCGACUGGAGGAGGCUGUGCAGAAACUUCAUAAAGUUUCAACAACUGGUGUUGAUACUUUUCUUCAUCUUGUAAAACACGCAAAGAAGGAGCUUCAGAAGCAGCAGCUUGAGCUGCACGGAGCACGUGAAACAGGAUCCUUGCCUAAAAAUGAUCUCAUUGGGCGUGGCAAGGAUAAGGAGCUUGUUAUGGAGUGGCUGAGGAAUCCAUCAAAUGAGCAACGGGGAUCUGAUUUGUACAGAAACAUUUCUCUGCUAUGCAUAGUGGGCCAUGGUGGUAUGGGGAAGACAACUCUCUUGCAACAUGUUUAUAAAGAUCAAAUUACAAAGGAGUUUGAUCUUAAAAUGUGGGUUUGUGUUUCCAACAACUUUGAUGUGAAGAAAGUCAUUGCAGAUAUGUUCGAAUAUCUUAAGAAUGAGAGGCCUCGUUUGGAGACACUUGGGGCACUUCAAAGGCGUCUCGAGGAGGAGGUGAUGUCCAAAAAGUUCUUACUUGUGCUGGAUGAUAUUUGGGAGGAGGAUGAGGAGAACGAUAAAAGCAAAUGGGAGGAUGUGCUCGCCCCUCUAGCUUCUGGGGGUUUUGGUAGUAAGAUUCUGGUAACAACUCGAACGGACUCAGUUGCACUGAUGUUUGCAAAGGUUCUUAAAAAGAAGAAGGAAAUAGUUAAAUUAGAGGGCCUAGAGGAAGAUGAGUGUUUGCAGCUCCUCAACUCUCAUGCAUUUGCUGGUGUAGAGAACCCCUCUGAUGAUGAUCAUGAAAAUUUACGAGUCAUUGCUCGAGAUAUAGUUAAAAAGCUUUCAAGAUCUCCGUUGGCAGCUAAGGUUAUUGGUGGUGUUCUGAAUGACAACUUGGAUGAAAGGCAUUGGAGGACAGUUCUAGAAAGCAAUUUAUUGGAUCAAAAUUCUAUCCAUUCCAUCUUAAGACUGAGCUAUAUAGUUCUGCCAAAUCAUCUACGGAAUUGUUUUGCAUUUUGUUGUAUGUUCCCAGAAGAUUAUCGGUAUGAUAAAGAUGAUUUAGUCCGAAUGUGGAUUGCAUUGGGUUUCAUUCAGCUAUCUUCUAAUCAAAGAGAGACUAUGGAGGAUAUCGGAGGAAGGUAUUAUGAUGUUUUAGUCAAAAAAGCUUUAUUUGACAAGGUUAAAUAUGGCUACAAGGUCGGAUAUUUCUACAAGAUGCAUGAUUUAAUACAUGAGUCAGCAUCUAAAUUUUUUACAAAUGAAUGCGGAAAACUUGUGGAUGGUGAAAAGUCAUCACUCGAAAUUUCUGAGACUAUUCGACACUUGUCUGUUCCAACUAUAAAUCUAGACAUCUUGAGAAUGAUUGGGAAGUUUAAACAUUUGCAUUCUCUUUUUUUGUUCUACGAAGAUUCUAAUCAUGAUCUUUGCGGUCUGCUUAGUGAAAUAUUCAAAGCAUCAAGAAGUCUGCGCUUAUUAUACAUAUUUGCUUAUGAAUUGGAAAUGAUACCAGAAGAGAUUGGAAAUUUGAUACAUCUUCGAUACUUAAAUAUUGAUGGUGAUAGGUUGAUCAUGCUGCCAAGAUCUCUAAGUAAUCUCUAUCACUUGCAAUACAUAAUCUAUGAUGGGUUUGCGGUGCAAAGUAAUUAUGAUUUUUUACCUAGUGAUUUUAAUAACCUUUCAAACUUGCGUUAUGUGAAAUUGGCCCAAAAAUAUAUUUCAUCGAUAUGUGGGAUUGGGAAGCUAAAGUCUCUUCAAGAAUUGAAUAUGUUUUCUUUUGGAAAUGUGAGUGGUUAUAAAAUUGAGGAGCUGGAGAAUAUGAAUGAUCUUUGCAAAUUAGGAAUCAAUUGCCUUCAAAAUGUUAAGGAUGCCGAGGAGGCUUGUAGUGCCAAAUUAUGUGAAAAGAGGAGGCUCACAGAUUUAACAUUAAGUUGGAUUGACACUCAUUGGAGGAACAUCGAUUUAGAUGAGAACGUGCUCGACAACCUUCAGCCACCAAAUUGUCUAAGGAAUCUGAGCAUAUGGAGUUACAUGGGUGCAAGGUCUGCAAUAUGGAUGAACAAUGUCAAUCCGAUCUUAAAUCUAGAGAACAUCGAAUUGACAUCUUGCAGUAAGUGGGAAACUCUUCCACCUUUUGGGCAACUUCCCUUCCUCAAGUCGCUGAGACUUAGGUGCAUGCCGAAAGUAAAAUGGCUCCAAAGUAAAUAUAAUGGGAAUGAUAAAUACCGUACAUUUCCAUCGCUAGAGGUGCUAGAAAUUUACGAAUUAGAUGCAUUAGUGGAUUGGUUUGAGGGAGGAGUAGCUGCUGAAGAUGGAUGUUUCUUUCCUUGCUUAAUUGAACUGUCUAUUGAUGAUGUUCCUAGGCUUCGGGAAUUACCGAACCUUUCUCCCUCUUUGAAACGUCUAAUUAUUCGGAGAUGUCAUCCAAAGUUACAUAAGCGCUAUCGAGAGGAUGGAGGUUCCGAUCGGCACAAGAUUGCUCACAUUCCUCAUAUCGUAAUUGAUCCCUGA